GUUCCUCUGCGACAGCAACCUUGCGUGCAUAAAGCCAGCCACCAGCCAGGCAGCCGCCAUCUCCAGCGGCUUCUUCCAAAGCUCCAACUCCGACGAGAACCGCCACUCCUCGAAAUCUCGAAGGAUUUUCUGCGGCGAACCCCUUCGUGACGUGACCCAAUGGGAGAGGCCUCGCCGUCGAUCGCCAAGGACGUCACCGAGUUGAUCGGGAACACGCCGCUGGUGUACCUCAACAAGGUGACCGAUGGGUGCGUCGGCCGCGUCGCCGCCAAGCUCGAGUCCAUGGAGCCCUGCUCCAGCGUCAAGGAUAGGAUUGGCUACAGCAUGAUCACGGACGCAGAGGAGAAAGGGCUGAUUACUCCAGGCGUGAGUGUUCUGAUUGAACCAACUAGCGGCAACACAGGCAUUGGACUGGCCUUUAUGGCUGCUGCCAAGGGCUACAAACUUACACUCACAAUGCCUGCCUCCAUGAGCAUGGAGAGGAGGAUCAUAUUGAAGGCUUUUGGUGCUGAACUUGUCCUUACUGACCCACUCUUGGGAAUGAAAGGAGCUGUCAAGAAAGCGGAAGAGAUACAAGCAAAGACACCCAACUCGUACAUUCUUCAACAAUUUGAAAAUCCAGCUAACCCAAAGAUUCACUAUGAGACUACUGGGCCUGAAAUCUGGAAAGCUACAGCAGGAAAAAUUGAUGGCCUUGUAUCUGGUAUCGGGACAGGAGGUACCAUCACCGGUACUGGGCGAUACCUCAGAGAGCAAAAUCCUAAUGUCAAGCUCUAUGGUGUGGAGCCAGUGGAGAGUGCUGUUUUGAAUGGUGGAAAACCUGGACCACACAAGAUUCAAGGAAUUGGAGCUGGUUUUAUCCCUGGAGUCUUGGAUGUUGAUCUCCUUGAUGAAACUCUACAGGUUUCAAGUGAUGAAGCUAUCGAGACUGCCAAGGCUCUUGCUCUGAAAGAAGGGUUGUUGGUUGGAAUCUCUUCUGGUGCAGCUGCAGCUGCGGCAGUUAGGCUUGCUAAGAGGCCAGAAAACGCCGGAAAGCUAUUUGUUGUCGUGUUCCCGAGCUUCGGCGAGCGCUACCUCUCAUCGGUGCUGUUCCAGUCCAUCAAGAAGGAAGCGGAGAGCAUGGUGGUCGAGCCCUAGAGCACAAAAUUCUGGGCUUCUGGCAAACUAUUUCCUGAGACGUUCACCAUUUCCAUCACAGAAAAAUAAAGCUCGGGUGCCUUCUGUUGAUUUCGACGUACAUUUCCCUGCCGAUGGUGUCCAGCCCACUGUUGUCGCUGGAGAACACGUCGUUUUUAGACUUGUGAUAUUUUACUACUGUUUUGACACUCGUUGUAUUUCUGUAUAUCGCGUCAGACUGUGAAAUAAAAGCAGUACAGUGUGUUUCUUGCA